AUAUGUAUUUUUAGGUGCUUGUAGCUGCUCGAGGUUUUACAACACACUACGAAAAGACAGGAUGCUGUUAUUUUGCUGCCGAGGUUUUGCGUAAAAUGGGCUACACAUGUUUGGCUAUUCUGGCUGCUGGCUUGUGCUUUUGGGUCAGCGGGACUGGUUUGGCACUGGGACCUUUAUGUUUACAUAACGGAACUCAAGGCCUAAAGUGGGAAAGACCAUUAAAGCUAAUCAAAACUGGACAGACGCUGUAUCUGUAUGAGCCAGAGCGAUGGGCAUCUGCCUGUGUGGAGCCACGAGGAGUCGUGAUCUGGAAUCUGCUGCUUUUCUCUGUUCUCAUGGUCGCCAGUGGCCUUCAGCUCAUCUCCUGUGUCCUGCAUCUCUUCAUCGCCUUUCUGGAGUUCAUGUGUGGACCACACUUCUGCAAGAACAAGGUUGUUCCAGCUUGAAAUGAAGUAAUUGUCAUCUGCAUGUGAGAAUGAUGUUGUUCGGGUUAAACAGUCAACUAUGACUGAUUACUUUAUUUUAACCAAAGAGGAAACAUAAAUGAGAAGUGUGUUAGGAGAGUCACUUCAUGUCCUCGAAUCUGGGGUUCCUGUGGCUCAGCUGGCUGAUAAUGAUGGCAACACUCUACGUUUGAAUCCCAGGGAACACUUGAACAUCAGAUUAAGCACUGUAAACAACAAUGUGCCAAAUGCACAAAUAGAAAUAAGCUGUUUUAAAUAUAUUUCAAUGUGAUAUUUUAUCCUUAUGCACUUUAAUAUUUAUGUAUAAGAA